CCUUCCCAUUUCCAAAGAUUUGGCCUUUCUCAGAACACAUCUCACCCCCUCCCCUCUCUCACACACAGGCUCUCCAAUGGCCGCCAGCGCCGCCUCCUGCUUCUCCUCCCAACCCUAACCCUAGCUCCAGCUCGCCUCCUCAGCCCGCAUCCAUGGCCGUGCUCCAAGUUCUCGUCUUUCUGCUUCUUUUCGGCGGCGGCGCCGCCGCCGACGACGUGUCCUCGCUGCUCGAGUUCAAGAAGGGCAUCUCGGACCGGGACCAGAGCCCCGUGCUGGGAUCCUGGUCCCCGCCGGACACGCCCGACGCCGGCGGCGGCGGGGACGCGUGCCCCGCCGGCUGGCGCGGCGUGGUCUGCGACGGCGGCGCGGUCGUCGGCCUCACGCUCGACGGGCUCGGCCUCGCCGGGGAGCUCAAGCUCACCACGCUCGCCGGCAUGCGCGCGCUGCAGAACCUCUCCCUCGCCGGCAACGCCUUCUCCGGCCGCCUGCCCCCCGCCAUCGGCUACCUCUCCUCGCUCCGCCACCUCGACCUCUCCGGCAACCGCUUCUACGGCCCCAUCCCCGGCCGCCUCGCCGACCUCGCCGGCCUCGUCCACCUCAACCUCUCCUGCAACAACUUCUCCUCGGGAUUCCCCACCGAUGGGAUCCGGGAGCUCCAGAACCUGCGCCGCGUCGACCUCCGCAGCAACUCCUUCUGGGGGAAUGCCGGCGAUCUGCUCACCGAGCUGCGCAAUGCCGAGUACAUUGAUCUCAGCGACAACCUCUUCACCGGCGCUGUCGAUUUGGAGCUCGACAGCUUGACCAGCAUCGGGAACACCGCCAGGUACAUGAAUCUCAGCCACAACAAGCUCAGCGGCGGUUUCUUCCGGAACGAAACCGUGGGGGCUUUCAAGAACUUGGAGGUUCUUGAUUUGAGCAACACUGGGAUUGCUGGGAUGGUGCCGAGGCUCGAUUCUUGGUUCUCACUCUCAGUCUUCAAGCUGGCCGGGAAUGGCCUUUUUGGGAUGAUGCCUGAGACGCUACUGCAUAGUUCGAUGCGGCUUGUUGAGGUUGAUCUCAGUCGGAAUGGCUUCUCAGGAUUAAUGCCAGUUGUGAACUCGACGACUUUGAAAAUGUUGAAUCUCUCUUCAAAUAUGCUGACAGGUUCAUUACCAUCUACUGUUGGCAAGUGUACCUCAGUUGAUCUGAGUGGCAACCUGCUUACCGGGGAACUAGCUAUUUUGCGUUCUUGGGAUGGUAUAGUGGAGGGGAUUGACUUGAGUUCAAACAACCUGGUGGGCAGCUACCCGAAUGAUGUCUCCCAGUUUCAGAACUUAGUUUCCCUGAAGUUGAGGAACAAUUCGUUAUCAGGAUCCGUCCCUUCGGUGUUGGGAACCUAUCAAAAGUUAUCCUUCCUUGAUCUCAGUCUUAAUGCACUUGGGGGACCUGUUUUGCCUGUUUUUAUCCUAUCGCCUACUUUGACAGUGUUGAACCUUUCUGGAAACAACUUCUCUGGGAUUAUUCCAUUUCAGAGCCCUCAUUCAACAGAGUCAAUAAUGCUAUCUUCUCAACCUGCUCUUAAGAUUGUUGAUUUGUCCAGUAAUUCUUUAUCUGGUCAGUUGCCACCAGAAAUUUCUAACUUGCAAAGGCUUGAGUCCCUUAGUCUUGCGAUGAAUGAGUUGUCUGGGGAGAUACCAGAUGAGAUAAACAAGCUUCAAGGAUUGGAGUAUGUUGAUCUAUCUCAUAACCACUUCACUGGCAGAAUUCCUGAUAUGCCUCAGACUGGUUUGAAGAUGUUCAAUGUAUCUUACAAUGAUCUACGGGGAACUCUUCCUAAAAGUGUUGAAAAGUUUCCCUUAUCUUGCUUUAAACCUGGAAAUGACUUCUUAAUUUUCCCCGAUGGUCUGCCUACUGGAAAUAUUAAUGAUCCUGGAGUUGCGCAGAGUCAGGCAUCUCAGGGUCAUGGACAUAAGGCUGGUGUUAAAGUUGCGCUCAUAGUUGGCUGCAUUGGAGCUGUCUUGCUUGUGAUCUUCAUAGCAUUGGCAAUAUAUGUAGUGAGGUCUCAAGAGCUUUGUGGAAGAAACGGAUUUAGAGGCCAGCUUACUAUCAGAGAUCUGAAAGUGGGGAAAUUAAGCCGUCCAAAUCUAUUCAAGACUCCAAAAGAUAAUGUUAUGCCAACGAAGACAAGUUUCUCGAAUGAUCACCUCUUAACAUCUGCAGCUCGAUCAAUGUCUGCUCAGAAAGAAUUAUUGGCUGAGGCUGCUGUCGAGUACGGUUAUACUGAUCCAAAGGAAGCUGUUGAGUCCACAAGUUCUGGUGUGGCUGGGACCUCAGCCGUAGUCUCUGCUCGGGAAUCUUCUCCAAGGUCCGCUUUACCGUCAUCGCCACAUUUUGCCGAUUCUAGAUUCCAUGAGGAACCUGUGACUUUUGAAGUGUACUCACCAGACCGGUUGGUUGGAGAACUGAUAUUCCUUGACAGCAAUUUAGUUUUCACAGCUGAAGACCUGUCCCGUGCUCCAGCAGAGGUUCUUGGAAGGAGCAGUCAUGGCACAACGUACAAGGCAGCACUACAAAGCGGGCAUGUCCUGACAGUGAAAUGGCUGCGUGUUGGUCUUGUAAAGCAUAAAAAGGAGUUCACUAAGGAGAUAAAAAGGAUCGGCACCAUCAGGCAUCCGAAUAUAGUUUCAUGGAGAGCGUUCUAUUGGGGUCCUAAGGAGCAAGAAAGAUUAAUCAUUUCUGACUAUGUCAACGGCGAUAGCUUGGCGCUAUACCUUUACGAGUCUACUCCUAGAAGAUAUUCCCGCCUGUCAGUUUGUCAGCGGUUGAAAAUUGCAAUUGAUCUAGCUCGUUGCCUCCAGUUCCUACACCAUGAGAAGGGCCUGCCUCAUGGCAACCUAAAGCCCACAAAUAUAUUCCUGACCGGUCCUGACCUCUCUCCGAAGCUGGUCGAUUAUUGUUUGCAUCGGUUCACGACUUCAAGUGGUAUCGCCGAGCAAAUACUGAACCUAGGAGCACUAGGGUACCGAGCCCCAGAGCUGGCUACCGCAGCCAAGCCUAUGCCAUCGUUCAAGGCCGACGUGUACGCGUUUGGCGUGGUCGUGUUGGAGAUGUUGACGCGGAAGAGCGCUGGGGACAUCAUCUCGGGGCAGUCGGGCGCGGUCGACCUGACGGACUGGGUGCAGAUGUGCAACCGGGAAGGGCGGGGCACUGACUGCUUCGACCGGGACAUCGCUGGGCUGGAGGAGUCCCCGCGGGUGAUGGACGAGCUGCUCGCGAUCUCGCUUAGGUGUAUUCUUCCUGUAAAUGAGAGGCCUAACAUGAAGACCGUCUGUGACGACCUGUGCUCCAUAACCGCGUGAGUUUUAAUUCCCCGCUUCCCCUGUGUACAUGUAACCCGAUUUUUCUCGUCGAUUUUUUUUGUCGUGCCCUGUAGGCAGGGUUUGUUUGGUUGAUUGAUUGGUAACUCUUAGUGUAAAGAGAGGAUUUGAUCCCCGUCCAUCCAUAUUGAUUGAUUGA